AUCUGAAAACAGUCCUCUGUCGGUCUGUUGCAUUGUGGCACAGUUAAGCUUUAACUGCGGGGAUUAAAUGGAAGCACAUGAUGAUUCCAGCCCCGUGAUUGCUGAGGGAGCAGGGUCGGGGACGUUUCCUCUCCCUUUCUUUUCAUUCUCUUCUUUCUCCUCCUGACACCGUGGCCCACUCCUCUCACCCUCUUCGUCUCUCACUGUCUCCUCUCUCGUUCUCUCUCUCUCUCUCUCUCUCUCUCUCUCUCUCACCCUCUCCAGUGCGUAAUGGCGUCCCCGCGCCUGGAGACCUUCUGCUGCCCGAACCGAGACGCGGCGACGGAGUUCGUGGUCACCUUCCAGCCGGUGCUGUUCGGGGCUCUGAGUCUGGGCAGCGCGGCUCUGAGCCUCCUGUUCGCCGUCCUACAGAUUUUGCCAAAGCGCAAGGGCUACAGGAGACUGGGACCGUACUCUCUGCCGAGGCCCGCGUCCUCCUCGCGGAUAUUGUUCAUCAUCAGUGUGUGUGACAUACUGGGAUGCGCAGGCAUCAUCUUCAGGUCGUCGGUCUGGCUGGGUCUGCCCGACAUCGUGGAGGACAUCUCGGUGGCCAACAACACCGACGUCUGGCCAGAGGUCUUCUGCGUCGGCAGCGCAAUGUGGAUCCAGCUGUUUUUCAGCGCCUCUUUCUGGUGGACCUUUUGCUACGCCGUCGACGUCUUCCUCGUGGUGAAAACGUCCGCAGGAAUCAGCACCAUUAUCCUCUACCACAUGAUCACAUGGGGUCUGGCCGUGCUGCUGUGUGUGGAAGGAGUGGCCAUGCUCUACUACCCAUCUAUCUCCGAUUGCGAGCAGGGCCUCCAGCACGCCAUCCCUCACUACGUCACCACGUACGCGCCAAUGCUGCUCGUCCUCGUGGUCAACCCGGUCUUCUUCCACCGAACCAUAUCAGCAGUGACAUCUUUGCUAAAAGGACGACAGGGAAUCUACACGGAGAACGAGAGACGGCUGGCCAACGACAUCAAACUGCGCUUCUUUAAAAUCAUGCUGGUCUUCUUUAUCUGCUGGGUUCCCAACAUCAUCAACGAGGGCCUCCUCUUCUACCUGGAGAUGCAGACAGACAUCACCGACAACAGUCUCAGGAACGCGAGGAACGCAGCCCUCAUCACCUGGUUCAUCAUGGGUAUCCUGAACCCCAUGCAGGCUUUCCUCAACACGCUGGCCUUCCACGGCUGGACGGGCUUCGACGUCAGCCUCAGCCUGCGGCGGAGGAGGGAGCUGGCCUGGGACUCCCUUUCCACUUCGGUGGCCAACGCGGUCGGCCACAACCCCAUGGCGGGAAGCACCCUGCUCUACCAGAGCCACAUCCAGGAAGCCAAGAAGAACCUGACGGGCAACGGGCAGCACCACUCCGACGCCAUCAGUGUCCUCUCAGAAGGUUCAGAGUCUAGUACAAUUGAAAUCCACAUUUCCAGCGAGCUACGAGACUAUGAGGAUGUAGACGCUGAUGGAGAAUCCUUGGAGAACUCUUUGAGGGACUAGCUGGGGUCGACACCAAACCACCGCCCUCUGCUUGUUGUGGUGCGACACUGCUCUUUCAGUAACCUUCUUUUUUUGUGUUUCGAUUAUCUCCUCUGAGGCCUCUGCUGUUGCUCUGGCGAUUCUCCUAGAUAUUAACUGGUCACGAGAUUUCAUCAGUCGGUUUACGACAGAAUAAGUCUUGUUUUUUUUCUUCUCUAAGCUUUUUAAAAUCUGUCUGCAGUGCAGCGAAGUGUUACCUUACGGACCCGUCUACUGUACAGCAGCUGAACGGCCCCAAAGCCACAGCACAGUCUCAUUAAAACGGUCAACUGAACAAA